AGCAGAGCAAGAGGGAGCAGACUGGUGCUGUAGUAUCUCUUGGCUCACACACAUACAAGUGCACACAUUCAUUUCAACUUGUGCUCACGCAUCCUUUAAAUAGAAGAAAGGAACAGAGAGAGAGAGAAGGGUACUGGCUCCUACUGCAGUUGCCGUAGUCUCGCUCAUGAUUUAACCCAAAUGGAGGGACAGAGAGAAGGGGAGCACGUGCUCACGGGUCUAGACGAGGAGGCUAUCGUGGACCUUGGGAAGACCAGCUCCACCACCAACACCAACUAUGAGACUGAAGAGCUGGAAAGUCACAGGGCGGUGUACGUCGGCGUCCACGUCCCCCUGGGUCGAGAGAGGAGAGGCAGGCACCGCCACCGCGGACAUCGACACCACCGCAAGAAACGGGACAGGGACGCAGAGGAGGGGAAAGAGGACGGCAGGGAGUCGCCGUCUUACGACACCCCGUCCCAGCGGGUGCAGUUCAUCCUGGGCACGGAGGACGACGACGCAGAACACGUGCCCCACGACCUUUUCACCGAGCUGGACGAGCUGUCCUUCAGGCACGGCAGCCACACGGAGUGGAAGGAGACGGCCAGGUGGCUGAAGUUUGAGGAGGAUGUGGAGGACGGUGGGGAGAGGUGGAGCAAGCCCUACGUGGCCACGCUGUCCCUCCACAGUCUGUUUGAGCUGCGGAGCUGCAUCCUCAACGGCACCGUCAUGCUGGACAUGAGGGCCAACACCAUAGAGGACAUCGCAGACAUGCUGAUCGACAGCAUGGUGGCAUCGGGCCAGCUGAAGGAGGAGCUGCGCUUCAAGGUGCGGGAGGCCAUGCUCAAGAGGCACCACCACCAGAACGAACGCAAGCUCAGCAACCGCAUCCCGCUGGUGCGCUCCAUCGCCGACAUCGGCAAGAAGCACUCCGACCCGCAUUUGCUCGACCGAAACGGAGAGGGCCUGUCCUCCUCUCGCCUCUCCCUCCAGAAGCCCGGCCCGUGCGCCGCCAUCGGCAGCCUGUCCCAGAGGCGCGAGUCGCGGGUGGCCAUUCUCCUCAACCACCUGCUGCCCUCCUCCCUGUCCUCGGCCGCAGCAGCCGCCACAGGCGCCUCUCCUAUGACCACGCCCCAUAACACGCCCCCUCCCGACCGAUGCGUCUCCCAGUCCCAGCAGCACCAGGGCCACGGCGGCCGGGGCAUCCCCGAGGUGGUGGUGUCCCCCCCUGAGGACGAGCCGCCGCAGACCCCCACGGACGGGGGGAGACCACUGCCCUUAGAAGGACAUCUUGUGUCGCCCAGCUCCUGCCCCAACCUGGACACCAAAGCAGCAGAGAGGAGGUCGUCCAAAGCAGGGGUGGACAUGAACUUCAUGAAGAAGAUCCCUCCCGGCGCGGAGGCCUCCAACGUGCUGGUGGGCGAGGUGGACUUCCUGGAGAAGCCCAUCAUCGCCUUUGUGCGCCUCUCACCCGCCGUCCUCAUCACGGGCCUCACCGAGGUGCCGGUGCCCACCAGGUUUCUGUUCUUGCUUCUGGGACCUCAUGGAAAAGGCCCCCAGUACCAUGAGAUUGGCAGGUCUAUGGCCACUCUCAUGACGGAUGAGAUUUUCCAUGACGUAGCCUAUAAGGCCAAGGACCGAACAGAUCUCCUCUCUGGUAUCGAUGAGUUCCUGGACCAGGUCACAGUCCUGCCUCCUGGGGAGUGGGACCCCACUAUACGCAUCGAGCCCCCCAAGAACGUCCCCUCUCAGAUGAAGAGGAAGCAGCCGUCCCAGCCCAACGGACUGGCGUCCCCGUCCCCGGGGGACAUGGAGAAGGAGGAGGAAGAGCACUCGGGACCAGAACUGCAGAGGACCGGCAGGAUAUUCGGGGGGCUUGUGUGGGACAUCAAGAGAAAACUGCCGUUCUACUGGAGUGACCUGCGGGACGCCCUGAGCCUGCAGUGCCUGGCCUCCGUCCUCUUCCUCUACUGCGCCUGCAUGUCUCCUGUCAUCACCUUCGGGGGUCUACUAGGGGAGGCCACCAAAGGCAACAUCAGUGCUAUAGAGUCUCUGUUCGGGGCCUCCCUGACCGGGGUGGCCUACUCUCUGUUUGCUGGCCAGCCGCUCACCAUCCUGGGCAGCACAGGUCCCGUGUUGGUCUUUGAGAAGAUCCUCUUCAAGUUCUGCACGGACUACGGCCUGUCCUACCUCUCGCUGCGGACCAGCAUCGGGCUGUGGACGGCCUUCCUCUGCCUGGUGCUGGUGGCCACGGACGCCAGCUCGCUGGUGUGCUACAUCACCCGCUUCACGGAGGAGGCCUUUGCGGCGCUCAUCUGCAUCAUCUUCAUCUACGAGGCCCUGGAGAAGCUCUUCCACCUGGGGGAGCACUUCCCGGUCAACACGCACAACACCCUGGACAACCUCACCCUGUACUCGUGUCAGUGCAGCCAACCGGUCAACGCUUCGGCCAGCACGGUGGAGAUAUGGAACCAGACGGGUUACACCCCAGACAAUGUCCCCUGGGACAAGCUCAACGUCUCGAUGUGUAACCUGCUCCACGGGGAGUUCACGGGCGAGGCCUGCGGUCACCACGGACCCUUCAUCCCCGACGUGCUCUUCUGGUCCAUCAUCCUCUUCUUCACCACCUUCUUCCUCUCCUCCUUCCUCAAGCAGUUCAAGACGGAGAGAUAUUUCCCCACCAUGGUGCGCUCCACCAUCAGUGACUUUGCUGUGUUCAUCACCAUCAUGGUCAUGGUGUUGGUGGACUAUCUGAUGGGCAUCCCCUCUCCUAAACUCAACGUUCCUGACCGCUUUGAGCCCACCUCCAAGAACCGCGGCUGGCUGAUGGACCCGCUGGGCGACAACCCGUGGUGGACGCUGCUGGUGGCCGUGCUGCCCGCCCUGCUCUGCACCAUCCUCAUCUUCAUGGACCAGCAGAUCACCGCCGUCAUCAUCAACCGCAAGGAGCACAAGCUCAAGAAGGGCUGCGGCUACCACCUGGACCUGACGAUCGUGGCCAUCAUGCUGGGCGUGUGCUCCAUCAUGGGCCUGCCGUGGUUCGUGGCGGCCACCGUGCUCUCCAUCUCCCACGUCAACAGCCUCAAGGUGGAGUCGGGCUGCUCCGCGCCCGGCGAGCAGCCCAAGUUCCUGGGCAUCCGGGAGCAGCGCGUCACCGGCUUCAUGAUCUUCAUGCUCAUGGGCUGCUCGGUCUUCAUGACCUCGGUGCUCAAGUUCAUUCCCAUGCCCGUGCUGUAUGGAGUGUUCCUCUACAUGGGCGUCUCUUCGCUGAAGGGCAUCCAAUUCUUCGACCGCAUCAAGCUGUUCGGCAUGCCCGCCAAGCACCAGCCCGACCUGAUCUACCUGCGCUACGUGCCCCUCUGGAAGGUGCACGUGUUCACCCUGGUGCAGCUCACCUGCCUGGUGCUGCUGUGGGUCAUCAAGGCCUCGUCCGCCGCCGUGGUCUUCCCCAUGAUGGUGUUGGCGCUGGUCUUCAUCCGGAAGCUUCUGGACUUCUUCUUCACCAAGAGAGAGUUGAGCUGGCUGGAUGACCUGAUACCCGAGAGCAAGAAGAAGAAGGAGGACGACAAGAAGAAGCGGGAGCGGCAGAAACGGGAGGCUGAGGCCAGGCUGCAGGAAGAUGUGGACGCGGGGUUGAAGAUAUGUUACGGAGACGCUAAUCACCUCAGUGUUCCUGUGAAGACACUGUCGGGAAGCUCUGAUUGCGACCCCUCGGUUGUUAAUAUCUCUGAUGAAAUGGACAAAAGCGGUGCGUGGAAAGCGGUGAACGUGGGCGCAUACUCAAGUACCCAACAUGUGCAUCGUAGCGACAGCCAGGAGAAGGUGGCGUGCGUUAGAGUGGAAGUCAACCCAGACGAACCUCGUUCGCCCGGGGAAACCUCGUCGUCCGAGACCUUCUUGUGACGAAGGGGAGCAUGACACUCUCCCUCCCCCCCCUCCACCCCCUCACCCCAA